CAUUACUUGUCAUUCACAAGUCUCAAACAGACAACAAUACUGAGUCAUAAUUUAAUCUAAGGAACCUGGCAUUGUGGUUACAGCCAAGUGUCGCGUAUAAUUUAUGGAUUGUUUCUGUUUUAAACGCGACAAUUUGGUCGUCGGGAGAUGGGAAUGGGAACGUCGGGGAAUGUUGACGUUCACACCGCUCAGCCGUUAGGAAGCUGGUAACCUCUCCCUCCACAUCAUAUGUUUGACUAUUACUCACAAAAACAACGUGUCUCGUCGGCGCAGACCAUUGUGAGUAUGUUAUUUGUUAUUUGACGCUUCCAUUCGACGCAAAGCAGAAGAUUCCGCAGCGAUGGCUUCGGCUCUGAAUGGCUUCAGCGGCCCGGAGGUCCUGGAGGACGUGAAUCACGCUCGGGGUUUGAUCGCGGAGUUGAAGUCACUGUACGACUGCCGGCUGCUCGUUGAUGUUACCAUCGGGGUGGAGUGCGAGGAGGAGUCGCUGGCUGACAGCGGCGGGUCAGCGGGAGGUGACACCGACCAAGUGUUCCUGUGCAGCCGCACCGUCCUGGCCGCCGCCAGCCCUUACUUCAAGAGCAUGUUCACCGGCGGCCUUAACGAGAGCGUGCAGGAGCGAGUGGUCAUCCGCGGCGUGGAUUCUGAGUCCAUGUCCGUCAUCAUUGAGUACUGCUACACGGGCAUGGUGACGGUCACGGAGGGCAACGUGCAGAGGCUGUACGCGGCCGCCAACAUGCUGCAGCUCGAGUACAUCAGGAAAGCCUGCUCUAAUUUCAUGACGAGGCGGCUGGAUCUCUCCAACUGUGUGGGGAUACUGAAGUUUGCAGACACCUACGACAACCCGGAGCUGAAGGAGGACGCACAGGCUUUCAUAGCCAGGAACUUUAAUCAGGUGUGUGAUGGAGGGGAGCUAUGUGAUCUGGAACUGGUGCAGCUGAAGGAGUUGCUGUGUCUGGACACUCUGGACGUGGACUGUGAGAGGACCGUAUGUUCAGCUGCUCUGCAGUGGGUAGAAGCCAAUGUUCCACAGAAAAGGGAGGAUGCAUUGCAGGCGCUCAAGUGUGUACGCUGGAACUUGUUUACCGAUAAGGACAGGUGUUACCUGGAGGGUCUCAUGGAAAGGCCACUCAUUGAGAAAUUCCUUGCAUCAUUUUUCAACAGGUCUGCAGAUGACAGCUGUAGAGUGCCCGAAGCUCAGGGCAUACCAAAAAACAGAAUUGGUGUAAGUGCAAAAGAAAUGAUUCUCUUCUUCGGCCUGCCAAACGACCACAUCCUGUGUUGUGACCCCUACUCAGAGGACCUGUAUUUCGUGGCUCCUCCUUUAGAGGACCUCAGCAGUCAGGAUUACAAACGCUCCACCAUGGAGUCCUUAAUCGCCUGUGCCUCACCUGAAAACAACCUGUACCUUGCCUCCCACCUUUCAAAACACUUCUGGCUGUAUAAUCCAGUGCUUAACAGCUGGCAGGAGUUGGCAGAGAGGCCUCUGGGGAGGAUACACUCAGGGAUGUGCUUCCUCAACGGCCAUGUGUACCUUUUGGGCGGGAGAAAUCCUGUGACGGAUGUCAGACUGAAGGAGGUGGAGUGUUAUAGUGUUCAGAGGAACCAGUGGACAUUUGUGGCACCUCUGCCUCACUCUCUGGGUAAAAUGCAGGUGGUGACAUUAAAUGAUCACCUGUAUGUGGUAAAUAAAAGGAGAAUGCUCUGCUACGAUCCCAAGAGGAACCGCUGGCGUCACUGUGGGUCACUGAGAAGAGACAAGCUUCACAAGGCCUGCGUGUUUCAGGACCAGAUUAUCUGUGUGUGCGACACCCCGGUGAUAAAAGCCUAUAGUCCAGCCAGGGGGGAAUGGAAGAGGCUGGGUGAUAUACCUAUUGACAGUCGAGCUUUAAAUUAUCAGGUGAUCCAGCACAACAACAAGCUGCUCCUCCUUACCCAGACUUUACUGCAGCACAACAAAAACAGGGUCCUCAUCCAUGAAUAUGACCCAGCCAGAGACACAUGGAAGAAUGUCAUGGCUGUGUAUGUGUCCACGCUGGGACCUGUGUGUGUUUCAACGCGUGUGUACCCAGCAUGCCUGGGCUCACCUCACAGCUUCUCCACAGAGGAGGACGAUGACAGUGGCUCCAGUGCCGAUUGGGACUUUGAUGGGUUAACAGACGCAGACUCUGAUUCUGGCAGCUCUAGCUCUUUCUCAGAUGAGAACUGGUAGUAAACUUUCAAACCGUGACAAAGGGACCUUUUCAAUUAUUUGUAAUUCAUAGAAUGUUUACAGGGUUCUCUUUGCCAGUGGAGAUCACAGAUCCAGAAUUAAAUUCAAUACAGUAUUUGAACCGGUAACUGGGAGUGGAUACACAAAAUACUUAGAAGUGGAAGAUUUACAUGUGGAGGGAAGAAAAGACACACUUAACCAGUUGGUACAGAAUGGCAAUGAGGUUUUUUUUCCCUCUGUCUUUGUCAUUUUGGACAACAACGUAAAAGUGGACCAUAAUGUCUCCCGCCAAACAGAAUGAUAAAAAAUAUGCGUACCAUUACCACCCUACUUUACGGGAAAACAUAUAAUAGAGAUGCAACUGUUUGGAAACGAGUUCCUAUGUAGAAUGGAGGUUCAGCACAAUUGCACUGGUUGAAUGAGGGGUAUUGCAGGUAUUACACCUAAAAUUAAUAUGAGACAGGAUUAGGACAGACAUUGAGGGAGGAGAGGUUUUGUUUCCAGGUUUGUGUGUUUACUUUUGUCUCUAAGCUCAUAAAAUCAAAAUGUAAUGUUUAAUUUAGCUCUGUUUAACAAAUAAGAUAAUGAAUCACUGAGUUGCAUUGCAAUCAUGUGUGGAAUUGAGCCACUGUUACUUAUUUGUAAGUGCUUUUACUGCCACCAGUAAAAAAAAAAAUCUAAAUCAUGUAAAUCAAAGCUAUCAAGACUCACUUAAGGCUCAUUUAUGGUGCUUUUAUGCUUGUAGAGCGAUGCAUCGUAACUCUGUAGCCCUCACCCUCACUGCUCUCUUGCUAUCAAGCAAUACAUUCACUAGAGGGCAGUGCAGAAUCAAGAGUUUAUGACAACAACAGACAAGAGGUUGUAAUAAUGUAACUAUUUGCUGUUAUUGUUGAUCUUGAUUGACUCAAAACCUUCCAUCACUAUUAAAAUGUCAUUUAGCUUGAAACACUGACUAAACUGUCUGCCCCCAGAGAUUCUGGUGAUAUUGCUCUGUUUUGACUGAUUGUAUCUGUACACUAUAUACAGUACA